UCACUAUGGGCCUACACUUUACAUGUAAUUUGUAUACACUACAGUUUUGCCAGCGUAUGUGCACGCAAUUUUUAUUAUUAUUAUGUGUUUAAACGUAUACAGCAGUAGCAGUAAUAUUGUUAGUUUGGUGUAAUGCAAAUAAAUCCUUUACAAAAUUCUGAAAUUGGCUUACCAAUAGAAAAAACUAAAAGCUGCUGGGUCAAGAAAACGAGGCCGGGGCAGAGGAGGUAAACGCAUGAGGAGCAAGAGAGUUCGAGACAUCCAGGAUGUUAUAAAUGACCGAAAGCAGAAACUACAGGAAACAGUUAGCAAGUUAACAGGUGAGAGUUGUCGUCAACUCAUUGCGAAGCUCUGUGAUAGGGAUCCCUCGUUGAUAUUUGAUAUUUUAGAAGAAUCGUCGGAGCAAAUGUCAGCGCAUGGCGGGUACCAUCCUCCACCAGGUGAUGCACCAUCUUGGUGCACGUGUGGAAAUUGUAGACAGAUGCCCUCUGACAUAGAGAGGGUAUGCUGUCAACAAAUCCCGGAGAACUGUUUUUCAUUAUUGCCAGACUUUAGCAUGUUGGUCCUAGAUGAGGCAGUUCUAUCAAUUGCCCAGAGAUACAGGGAAGAUGUUCUGGCAGUACCAAGGGACCAGGAUGUCAACAGGGGGUAUCGCCACACAGCCUACCGCCAGUUUAUCUUGUGGCACUAUGGUAGGUUAGGUGCAGGUAAUAGGCGUGUUGUGCCCAGCUGCUGUGUGUGGCAAAUAAGAGACAAAUUCCCGGACAGCUUUGGACAAUACACAGGCUUUAAAGAUGGACGUUUGGCUUAA